AUGCCAAGUUGCCAACACAGAAGACACAGACAGGCCAACAACAGAGACAAAACUAGGACUCCCUUUUUCGACCCAAAUCCUCCCACAUUCCAACUCCCUCCCAACUCCCAUACCAAGAACGAUACCCCACCCAAAAUGGACCUCUUCGGCCAAUACGGCUCCGACGACGAGCCCUCCUACGCCCCCGUCAUCCCCGCCAAAAAGCAAAAGAUCAACACAGCCCCCGAAGUAUCCACCCAGGACCUCCAAACUUUCAACUACAUUCCCGAAAUCACCACAAAGGAGAUUGCCCAUAAUGUGCCGUAUAAGGAUCUGGUGAGGCCGAGUCAGGGGCCCGAGAAUCCGUUUGCGACGCAGGCCACUGCGCCUAAUCGGAAUGUCCUUACUGGCUACGUGGAAGAAUAUGCGAUAUCGAGCUACAACUUCGACUCGAUGUCCCGAACCUUCGACAACCUCGGCUACGCAGUCGACCCCAACAGCAACGGCGAGGUGUUUGUUGGCGACCUUGCGAAAGCUACCGCAACAGGCGGUGCAACGAUUUACGAGACAGGCAACAAGGUGAAGGCUGCAGAAAAGCGGAAACGGAAGGCAGCGGGUGAUCCGGCAUCUAUCGACGGAUACGCGGGUCCGUGGGCGGGAUACGAGGGGGAACAUGUGCAUGUUGAGGCUGGGGUGGGACCGACGGACGAGGAGAUCGCGGCUGCUGAGGCUGCAAGCACGCAGGAAAACGUGAAAAAGCCGAAAACCGCAGACGAGGAGGUUGGGAACGAAAGGAGUAUCUUCCAUGGCAAGGACGAGAGGGAUUAUUUGGGCCGAACGUAUAUGCAUGUGCCUACGGAUUUGGACGUGGAUCUGUCUGCGGAGCCCGGGAUCAAGGACUGCUUCUUGCCAAAGACGCUGAUUCACACGUGGACCGGACAUACGAAAGGUGUCAAUGCGAUACGGCUGUUUCCGAAUAGCGCUCAUUUGUUUUUGAGUGCGGGGAUGGACAACAAAGUGAAGCUUUGGGACGUCUAUCACGACCGCCGCUGCCUCCGCACCUUCAUGGGCCACUCCAAAGGCGUGCGCGACAUCACAUUCAACAACGACGGCACGCGCUUCCUCUCCGCCUCCUACGACAAAUACAUUAAGCUCUGGGACACCGAAACCGGCGCCUGCAUCUCCUCCUACACCACCAAGCGGAUACCCUACUGCGUGCGCUUCAACCCAGACGCCGACAAGCAGCACCUCUUCCUCACCGGGUGCGCCGACAAGAAGAUCUACCAGUUUGAUGCGAACUCGGGCGAGGUCGUGCAGGAGUAUGAUCAGCAUCUCGGCGCGGUGAAUACGAUCACGUUUGUGGAUGAUAAUAGACGGUUUGUGACCACGAGUGAUGAUAAGACGCUCAGGGCGUGGGAGUUUGAUAUCCCCGUGGUUAUCAAGUAUGUGGCGGAGCCGAGUAUGCAUUCGAUGCCCGCUGUUACGUUGCAUCCAACAAAAAAAUGGCUAGCCUGCCAAUCCCUCGACAACCAAAUAGUAAUCUACUCCGCCCGUGACCGGUUCCGCCUCAACCGCAAAAAAACGUUCCGCGGCCAUCUCGUCGCCGGUUACGCAUGCCAACCGUCCUUCUCGCCCGACUCGCGGUUCGUGACGAGCGGGGACAGUGAGGGAAGAGUGUGGUUCUGGGACUGGAAGACGUGUAAAGUGCUGAAGAAGUUUAAGGCGCAUGAUAAGGUUGUGAUUGGGACCGAGUGGCAUCCGCAUGAGACUAGUAAGUUGUUUACUUGUAGUUGGGAUGGGACUAUCAAGUUUUGGGACUAGAAGCCUAAAAGAGACACACCACCGGGCCAGCAGGCAGGAAAUGAUACGCUGAAGGAGCAGGCGAAACCAAACCCCAUGAAUCGAACACAACGUCCCUCUCGUCGCCAUCAAUUCACCGCAUCGUGUACCCGUCCCGUUCGCCCGCUCGCACACCCGACGGUUGAGGCUGGGGCCUUUUUAGGUCAUUAGUAGGAUGCGAUGAUGUUUGGGUUGCACCUGUAGAUAUGCAUCUCGUCAAGCGCGUUGAGGGAUCUCAUCAGAUGAGGUCUGUAGGGUGUAGUAGAGAGCAUCCCUCUCCAGUUUGCUCGCUCAUGUACGCUGGGCUUCGUUGCUUGUGGUCUUUGUACAUAUGGUAAAUUAUCAAAACAAAUG